AUGUCUGCGAGAGACGGCCACAAGAGGAAGGAGGAGGAGGAGGAGGAGGAGGAAGAGGAGGAGGAGGAGGAAGAGGAGGAGGAGGAGGAGAACGAGAAGGGGAAGGAGGAAGACGAGGAGAACAAGGAGGAAGACGAGGAGAAGGAGGAGUUGGUCCAAGACCACAGACUGGUCAUGAGACUGGUCAUGGUACAGUUGGUCCAAGACCACAGACUGGUCAUGAGACUGGUCAUGGUACAGUUGGUCCAAGACCACAGACUGGUCAUGAGACUGGUCAUGAGACUGGUCAUGGUUCAGUUGGUCCAAGACCACAGACUGGUCAUGAGACUGGUCAUGGUUCAGUUGGUCCAAGACCACAGACUGGUCAUGAGACUGGUCAUGAGACUGGUCAUGGUUCAGUUGGUCCAAGACCACAGACUGGUCAUGAGACUGGUCAUGAGACUGGUCAUGGUUCAGUUGGUCCAAGACCACAGACUGGUCAUGAGACUGGUCAUGAGACUGGUCAUGGUACAGUUGGUCCAAGACCACAGACUGGUCAUGAGACUGGUCAUGAGACUGGUCAUGGUACAGUUGGUCCAAGACCACAGACUGGUCAUGAGACUGGUCAUGUGA